GGUCUGUGCUUCCGGUGGAUGCAUCCGAGGAUCCCAUUGUCGGCGGUGUUGAGUGAGUUGUUGUUAUAGUAAUUAGAAGGAGCAUUGUAGUAGUUCUAUUGUUGUGUUUAUGUUAAUAGACUGAUGUUAAUACAUUACAUUACGUUACUAUUUUACAUUACAUUACAUUAUUGUUCUGUCUGCUCAGUAACUACUAGUGUGAUCAACAGCUUCAAUAACCGUGGCUGCAUCCCCCACACUCUGCCUCUCCAUCUCUUCCUGUCUCCAUUCCACCGCCUUCACCACCUCUUCCGAUGACGUCGUCUGGAGACACCUUCCUUACGUGAACUGGUCAUCCGACAGCUGCUGUCCGACAAGCUGCGUCUUGACUGGUGCUCGAGAUGAUAUUUACCUGAUUAAAAGUGUGGUGUAGAUGGCCUGAUGCCUGUUGUCUGUUGUCUAGUUAUCUUGCUGUCUCUUAGAUAUCAGAACAUUUUAUUUCUGAUUAUCUCUCUGUCUAUACUUAAUCACCCAAUGUGCAAUUAUAGCAAUCAUCUGCAUCUGCUGUCCGAGUUAUCUUAUGAUCUGCAUCCACCACUACCUACACCCCAAUGCCCACCUUACUAUAAUUCUUGCUGUAGUUCUCCAAUAGUCUCUUGUUUUAUUUUUAUUUUAUUCUAAUUUUAUUUAAAUUCUCU